UUUUUUUAAGGCUUGAAAUGCUCUUGGCUGAGUUUCACUUUUCCUUGCAGACUUGAGUAGUCUGUGACUCUGGCCCUUCUUUCUCAGUCAACUUUAAACAUGUGCUCCAGCAGGGUUUGCUCUCUUGAGCUGUGUGCACACUGUUGUGGCCUCAAUGGAUUGUUUUUGCACAGCAGUUAGAGAGAGAACACUGCGAACGCGCAACCUGCGUUGUACGGCGUCUGUAGCACAAUAGCUCAAGGGCAAUAUUCUAAUUUUUGUUAUUUUUUUGCGAGAUUUUUGUGGACUUUUUUUGGAAAACAAUAUACUACGUUUCCUCUGGUUUAAAUGGGUGACGCCAUUACAGUGAAGAAAAAGCAUCUUCAAAAGCCUAUAUUUAGACUAAGAUGUUUGGUGAAGCAGCUUGAGAAAGGAGAUAUUAAUGUGUCUGACCUGAAGAAUAAUAUAGAAUAUGCAGCAUCGGUAUUGGAAGCGGUUUACAUUGAUGAAACCAGGAAACUAUUGGAUACGGAAGAUGAGCUCUCUGAUAUCCACACAGACGCUGUUCCAUUGGAAGUACGAGACUGGUUGGCAUCCACCUUCACAAGGAAAAUGGGAAUGAGACGAAGGCGCCCAGAAGAAAAACCAAAGUUUCGUAGUAUUGUCCAUGCAGUUCAAGCUGGUAUAUUUGUUGAAAGGAUGUAUCGGCGAUCCUCCAAUAUGGCCGGUCUCACCUAUCCAUCUACUGUCAUAGCAUGUUUAAAGGAGGUGGAUCAGUGGUCGUUUAACGUGUUUUCUUUGAAUGAAGCAAGUGGAGAACAUGCACUAAAGUUCAUGGUCUAUGAAUUGUUUACCAGAUACGACCUUAUCAAUCGCUUUAAGGUCCCUGUUGCCGGUCUUGUAUCAUUUGUGGAAGCUCUAGAAGUUGGAUACAGCAAAUAUAAAAACCCAUACCACAAUCUGAUUCAUGCAGCUGAUGUUACCCAAACUGUGCACUACAUAAUGCUUCAUACGGGUAUCAUGCACUGGCUCACAGAACUGGAAAUUUUGGCAAUGAUCUUAGCUGCUGCUAUCCACGACUAUGAGCACACAGGGACCACAAACAACUUCCACAUACAAACAAGGUCUGAUGCUGCAAUACUGUACAAUGACCGUUCUGUUCUAGAAAAUCAUCAUGUCAGUGCCGCCUAUCGUAUUAUGCAAGAGGAUGACAUGAACAUAUUGGUAAACUUGUCCAAAGAUGACUGGAGAGACUUGAGAACACUAGUGAUUGAGAUGGUUCUAUCUACAGAUAUGUCCGGUCAUUUCCAGCAGAUAAAGACCAUGAGAAAUACCUUACAGCAGCCAGAAGGAAUAGACAAAUCGAAAGCCAUGUCCUUGAUUCUCCAUGCUGCUGAUAUCAGUCAUCCUGCAAAAACAUGGGACAUGCAUCAGCGGUGGACGGACCUACUGAUGGAGGAGUUUUUCAGACAGGGGGACAAAGAGGUGGAAUUAGGGCUUCCCUUCUCACCACUCUGCGACCGAAAGUCAACACUGGUAGCACAGUCACAAAUAGGUUUUAUAGACUUCAUAGUGGAGCCAACAUUCACUCUUCUAACUGAUUCAACCGAGAAAAUUGUUAUGCCUCUUAUAGAGGAAGCUGCAAAAGCUGAUCAUUCUGUCUACAAUAAAUCCAGCCCAAAUAACUCUGAUUUUGGACGUGGUACAGACUUACAGAGGAAGAGCGUACGAACACCGCAAACAGAUGGCAGCUCUACAAUGGAUUACUCUUUGGCGACUGUAGAUUUACAACAUUUCAAAAAGAAUUUGGUGGAAAUUAUUCAGCAAAACAAAGAGCGAUGGAAAGAACUGGCAGUGCAAGAAAGAAAUUCGAAAUCAAUAAAAAACAACGAAGAAGACAAAAGAGAACUUUGAAAUCUGAAUCUGUGGACAGUGGAAAACCAUAAUAAUCAAUGGUAACCAGCUGCAGUUUCCAAGAGUUCACACAGAAGAGCACGAGAACGUAUGGCAUAUUCAGAUUUCAUGACCCCGGUUUAGAAAACUAGAAAACUAGGAAACGCAACAACACAAAUCAAGACAUAGCCCAUACAGUGAAAUGAUGGGAUGUUUGUAGUAGAUCAUAAUUUAUAUCACUUAUACACGAGACCAUGUAAAUAUCAGAAGCAUGUAAAUAGUUUGUUGACCUAUGCACUCAUUUCCUUUAUAAUUUUUUCCAAACACUUUGACACUAGGGAAAUCUGUUUGUUCUUCUUGGCUAUUCCCCUGUGGACAUCAUCUUUUCACUUUUUCAGACUGUUAAUAAAACUUUGCU